CUCGGUCUGAUCCUCUUGUAAUAAAGAUGACUAUUUUGAAAACUCACUCAGUUUGACAGCGUACUUUUCGAGGUAAACACUUGAUCUCGGCAAGAGCGGACACAUCUAGACAAGUGUUGGUUUUUUUUAAGUGUGUGUUUUGAAUGAACUUUAUUAUGGCCUUCGAAGACAGAUCGAGUCCGAACACGGCUACAAGUCCACGCAGUGACACCACACAGGCGGCGAUAAAUUCGCCCAAUUCACCGGAAUCGACAAGGACUUCGCCGUACACUUGCAUGACUAUUUCGCAGGAUAAUUCUAGGAGUUAUGUCAGCAGUCCUUCGACGUCGCCGCAUUAUGUUAUACCGAAGGUUGAGCCUGAGAGGUCCUUCUUCAGAAUUACUUCUUUUGCGUUGUCGAGUCCUAAAAGGGAAAUGGAUAGGCAGUCACCUCAAGACUACAGUUACAGAUCGCCCUCGCCAUCUGACAGUGUUUCUAGCAGAUCUUCUCCAGCAAUUCAAAAUGAACCCACAAUCCAAACUCUAAAAUAUUCGAUCACCAACAUACUGAAACCGGAGUUUGGGAAAAACGCAAUAAAAACGAAAACUAGUCCAAAAAUUAACUUUAAGCCAUACGAAGAAGAGGAAAAACCGUUCCCCGUGGCCCCGUUGGGAAGUCUAUGCCAAACUGUGUCUCAAAUAGGACAGACAGCCAGAUCGCCCGAACCAAUCCCAAGAGCGAAAUCGCCAGUUAAAUUGUUGCCGAAUCCAGAGGAUGUGAAAAAGUCCGAUGUUCCGCAAUUGUGGCCCGCUUGGGUUUACUGCACCCGCUACUCAGACAGACCUUCAUCAGGUCCACGUUCUCGCAGAGCAAAAAAACCGUCUACUUCGACCACCACAAAGGCAGCACCAAGUGAAGAUAAAAGGCCUCGUACGGCUUUUUCCAGUGCCCAGUUGGCUCGUCUCAAGCAGGAGUUCAACGAGAACCGUUAUCUGACAGAAAGGCGAAGACAGCAGCUCAGCGCUGAAUUGGGUUUGAAUGAAGCUCAAAUUAAAAUUUGGUUCCAAAAUAAGCGAGCCAAAAUCAAGAAAUCCUCCGGACAAAAGAAUCCUUUGGCCCUGCAGUUGAUGGCGCAAGGAUUGUAUAAUCACACUACAGUGUCCUGUGAUGAGGACGACAUGCCCAUGUCCUCGUAAUUAAUUGUUGUACAUAUUCAUAUCACGAUCUCGAUUCGAUUCUAGUGUAUUUAUUUUAUACAAAUUAGAUUUAGCGACAUGUAAAUAAUGUAUAGUGUAGAUAAAUUAUAUCAUGUAUCCGAUACGUACGCAUAUAAAAUAAAUAUCGCUCGCAUGGCCAUUGAAACCAAACAAAUUCAAUUUGUCACAACCAAAAAGUUUAAUCCGAUUAUUCGAAAAAUAAAUGUUUCAAUGAUUACCGCGUUCGAUUUACGAUGUUUACAUAAUAUUUAUGAGCAUGUAGGAAUUAAUUUUUGCUGUUUUAUUUAUUUAUUAUGAAGCCUUCGAAAUAGACUGACUAUAAACA